AUGGGCACCCGUGAUGCUGUCCCCCCAGCCAAGGUUCUGGCCCCGGUGGCCGUGUACUGCGGGAGCGUCCCUCGGGCCAGUGCCGGGCCCCGCGCACUCCCGGGCAGAAGCGGUGACUCCAGGCUUGGAACUUACGGAGAAGCCACCCUCCAGCCAGCUCCGAGGGUCCUGCUCGAGAAGCCACUGCAGCUCUUGUGUGGACAGGCAGACCCCGACAGCCUCAAGCUGGAUGCCCCUCCAAAGGGCUGGCAGGCCAGGAAUGGCCACCCCGGGAACACUGCCGCCUUCUCUCUGGGGCCCAAACCCCCGGCACCCUUUCCUUCUCUGGAGUCCGAGGCCAACAGUGUGGCCCGGGACACCACCCAGAUCAAGGACAAGCUCAAGAAAAGAAGGCUCUCAGAGGGCUUGGCAUCAUCUUCCCAAGUCUCUCUGGAUCCUGUGGGAGGCCCCAGAGGAGUUCCUCUGAGGAGCACCAUCCCCCGGGCCACCUCCCAGAGGCUGCUGAGGGUGCCCAGGCCGAUGCCUCCCAUCCAGAGCAUCCCCACCACCCCCGAGGCUGGAGAAGCCAAGGAGAAGGGUCUGGACCCGCCUGGGAGCAGCCAGGGUCCCCAGGAGCUGAGACCCGGAGCCCAGGAGGUGCAGAUCUCCAGGCAAUACCUGCACUGCAGUGAUGAGAAGAUGCACAAGUCGCUGGGAGGUGUUGUGAUCCCGCCCAUCCCGAAAGCAGGGGUGUCUGCUGGGACCUCCUCCCAUGCACCUGGCUCCCUUCCUAGCCUCCAGCCUCCAGGCCAGGGUGUCCUCACGGCCCUGAGGGUCCCCUGCACACGGUUGGUUCGGGAGAGUGGGCCUCGGGAGAAGACCCCUAAAUCUCUGGAGCCAAAACCUUCAGCUCCACCUGCCAGAGACAGGUCUGCCGCCCCCAAGAAGCCUGCCCUGCCUUCAUCUCAGUCUGCUCCUACGCUGACAGCCUUUUCCUUCAUCCAUGCCAAAGAAGCCCGCCCCUUGCUCAGAGAAGAGGACCAGAAGGAGAGCAGUACUAAGAUCCAGGUCACCAUCUCCAAGUCUGCCCAGGAGAAGAUGCGGCUGAGGCAGAUGAAGGAGUUGGAGUUGCAGAGGGCAAAGGAACCGGAGAGGGAGAGGGAGCUUGCUUCCCAGAGCCUGGGCUCCCGGAGAGCCCUGAUGAAGGAAGGCCUCCUUCCCCUUCGGGGCAGUGGGACCUUGUCUGUGCCCACUGGGCUGAGCAUCCCACGAAGAAACAUGGGUGUCGCCCUCAGGAAGCGGGCCAACCGGGCCUCACUGCCCAGCAUCCCUGUCAGCAAGCAGGAGCCCAGCUUUGCACGCCAUGCUUCAGCCAACUCACUCCCUGCGGUGCUUACCUUGGGGUCUCCCGAAUGGGAAGAAGAGGAGGAGGAGAUGGAUCUUAGAGGCUUUAAGGAGCUGAGGCCUUUCUCGAACCCUGAGCUGGGGCUGAUGGAUGCCCUCCAGUGCCUGGAGAGCAGCGACUGGCAGAUGAAGGAGAAGGGCCUGGUGAGCAUCCAGCGCCUGGCGGCCUGUCAUUCAGAUGUCCUUGCUGGGAGGCUGCACGACGUGUCCUUGGCUGUGACCGGGGAGGUCACCAACCUCCGCUCCAAAGUGUCACGCCUGGCCAUCGGCACCCUGGGAGACCUCUUCCAGGCCUUGAAGAAGAACAUGGACCAGGAGGCGGAGGAGAUCACCCGCUGCCUGCUCCAGAAGAUGGGGAAUACCAGCGAGUUCAUCCAGAGAGCCGCCAACCGGUCCCUGGGAGCCAUGGUGGAGCAUGUGACCCCCGCCCGCUCCCUGGUGGCCCUCACCUCAGCGGGCAUCUACCACCGAAACCCCUUAGUCCGGAAAUGCACUGCUGAACACCUCUCAGCCGUCCUGGAGCAGAUAGGCGCCGAGAAGCUUCUCUCGGGCACCAGGGACAGCACAGAUAUGCUGGUGCACAACCUGGUGAGGCUGGCCCAAGACUCCAACCAGGACACCAGGUUUUAUGGCCGGAAGAUGGUGAAUAUCUUGAUGUCGAACACGAAGUUUGACGCAUUUCUGAAGCAGAGCCUCCCAUCCCAUGACCUGCGGAAGGUCAUGGCUGCCAUUAAGCAGCGGGGAAUAGAAGACAGUGAUGGACUUCCAUCUGCCAAGGGCCGCAAGGUGUCAAGGAGUUUGGUGCUGUGUGAGAACGGGCUGCCCGGCGAGGAUGGGCUCAGCUCCACCGGCCCUCGGCCAGCAGGGCUACGGCCCUCCAUGCACGGCGGCCCGGAGGUGGAGGAGCGGCUUCGGGAGCUGACGCGGCUGCUGGAGGCCAAAGAAUACCAGUCUCGGAUGGAGGCCGUGGGGCGGCUCCUCGAGCACUGCCAGGCUGAGCCAGAGCUCAUCACCGCCAACCUGGUCCAGGUCUUUGAUGCUUUCACCCCAAGGCUUCAGGACUCCAACAAGAAAGUGAACCAGUGGGCACUGGAGUCACUUGCCAAGAUGAUCCCCCUCCUCAAAGAAAGCUUACACCCUAUGCUGCUUUCCAUCAUCAUCGCUGUUGCAGACAACCUCAACUCCAAGAACUCGGGGAUUUAUACUGCGGCGGCAGCUGCACUGGACGCCAUGAUUGAAAGCCUGGACAACCUUUGCCUCCUACAAGCAUUUGCUGGGCGGGUGCGCUUCCUGAGUGGCCGCGCAGUGCUUGAUGUCACAGAGCGUCUGUCCGUGCUGGUGGCCUCCGUUUACCCCCAAAAGCCCCAGGCCGUGGAGCGCCAGGUCCUUCCGGUCCUCUGGUAUUUCCUGAACAACAUGACUGGGAACGGCGUCCUGCCCGGGCAUGGCGGGAACGUCCGCGCGGCGGUGUGCCGGCUGUCCAGGAGCCUCCAGGGACAGAUGGGCUCCCGGCUGCAGGCCCUGGCCGCUGGCCAGCCAAAGCAAGUCCUCAAAACGCUCCAAGAACUCUUAGACACAGAAUCCCAGUGAGGCAGCCCCCACCAAUGUCACCGACAGAGGGAUGGCAUCUGACAUCGAGACAGCUGGCAGCUCAUGCCCCUUUCGGCUGGGUUAAAGACGGAUCUGAAAUGGGGCAGUCAUAAUUUUUUAACUUACUUUAUUUUUAUGAUGGAACAGUUUCCUGGUCGACUUUCUCUUAGAGUUCCAGAUGCACAUAGUAUAUUUUGAAGUAGGAAUAAAGGACUUAUUUAUUUUUC